AUGGGCGGCAGCGAGCGGACGGGGCGUGUGCUGCCCGCGCUGGGCUCCGCCUGCCGGCUUGCUGCCCGCGCUGCGGGCUGCUGCCCGCGCGGCCUCUUUGCUCGUGGGCUGAGGAGCAGCAUGCAGGAGCAGGUGAGGCUGGCAGCGCUGCCUGCGGCUGCGGAUGACCGGGGCGGGCUCCAGGAUGCAGCCCUCGCCUCCUGGGGGUACAAACUGCUGCGCCUCAGGAUCCAAGUGAGGAAGGUGGCCAGUGAGAGGGACAAGGCAAGGCUGGACUUGGAGAGAGCGGAGAGGCGCUGCCUGCGGCUCGGCAGGGCGGUGGACGAGCAGCACGUGGCUCUUGAGCACACCCAGAGCAGGCUCAAGGAUUUUCAGGCAGAACUAGAGGCAAAAGAGCAGCUUUUGCAGGAAGCAGUCAGUCACCAGGUGAAGCUGGAGGCUGAGGCACAGUUCCUCCAGGGCAAAGAGGCCAGCCUGCAGGGGAGGCUGAACCACACAAUGAAGGAGAACUCAGAGCUGCAAAACAAGGUCACAGAGAUGGCUGAGAAACUGGCAGCCUCUGAGCAGCUGGUGUUGGAGCUGCAGAGAGAACUCAGCUGGCUGGUGAAGGACAAGGUGCUGUGGGAGCAGAAUGGAGUGCUGCACAGGGAGCUGCAGAGGCUGCAGGAGAGCAGGGCUGGGAGGGAGCUGCCAGCAGCAGAGACAUCACCCCCAGUGGAGCAGUUCCAGGAGCAGCUGCAGGAGCUGAAGGUGGAGCUGGAAACCAAGAGAGCAGAGGUGGCCACAAAGCUGGAGCAGCCCCAGCAGCAUGCAGCAUGGAGGAGGGAGGUGCAGCUGCUCCACCAGCAGCUCAGGGCCUUGCAGGAGGAGCUCUCUGAAGCCAAAGCAAGCCUGAGCCUAGCCCAGACUCAGCAUGCCCUGCAGUUGCAGCAGGCCAAGGCCCAGAUGAACAACAUGGUGCCAAAGAAACAGUUUGAGCAGCUUCAGAACAGCUUGAGGGAGGAACAGUGCAAGGCUCAGCACCUCCAGGAAGACCUAAGCCAGCAGGCUCAGCAGGCACACAGGCAGCUGGUCAGGACUCAGGCCCAGCUCUCCAGGAACAAACUGCUGAUUGAAGACCUGCAGGAGGAGAACAGGAGGUUUGCAGCAGCCCUGCAGGCAGCUGAGCUGAAGCAGAGGAGCACUGAGGAGAGGAACCAGCUUUUGGAGGAGCAAGCCUCAGCUCUGAAGCAGCUCAUUGGAACAAUCACACCAGCAUCUCUGAGUGGGUGAUGGGGCACCUGCCAUGGCAGCUCUGCCCCUGGCCAGGGUU